AUGGCGUUUCAGUUUCUGCAUACUCUCUGUAGUUUCCUGCGGAAAUUUCUCUCCCUUAUUGUUGGUGCUGUGAUGGCCUUCUGCACACUUCUCUUCGUUAUUGGCGCUGGUCGUGUUAUUACACUUGAGCGUAAUAUUUCCCGAUCCGGCUUUGCCCACUUGUUGGCUAUUCUCACUUCCAUCAUUACCGUCAUUCUCUACAUUGCCCUUCACUUUAUCCCCCGCAAGGCGUACAGACUACUUUACUUUAUCUCCGUGAUGUUGGUGAUUACAAUGUUGUUUGUAUCCCACUCCCUUGGACUCGCCGCGCCUCUGGUGGAUGACUGCAAUGCGUUGGGUCUCAUUAACUACUCGGAUAUUGUGGAUAAGUGGAAGGAUAUGGGGAGUGUAGGCGUUAUCUUUAAUAAUCAUACCAACAAGACAGAGACGAUUGGGAAAUUGGGGGAAAAUGUGCGGUAUUGUACAGAGGAGGAACUCACAUUUGCCAGUGCGGUCCUGCUGCUUAUUUUGUAUGUAUUUGCCCUCUUUGAUGUACAGAAGGUCUUGUUAACUCGAGUGAAGUCAAAGACAUACGGUGAACGGUUUGUGGAGAUGGGUAUAAGCAACUAG